AUGGCGAGUGCCAAGAAUGUGGAGACGCUUUACGCUUUGCGAUUUUUCAUAGGACUUCUUGAGUCAUGUUCCUUCCCAGGUUUCGCUAGCAUACUGGGUAGUUGGUACGGCAAGUCUCAACUCGCCAAGCGUAUGGCUUUGUUUGAGCAGACAGCUGCGAUUGCUGGUAUGUUCAGUGGAUACCUCCAGGCAGGGCUUCACACUGGCAUGAAUGGUACAGCUGGGCUGUCUGGCUGGAGGUGGCUCUUCAUCAUGGAUGGAGUCAUCUCGAUACCGAUCGCUUUGUAUGGAUUCUUUGCGCUUCCUGACUUACCACACAAUACCAGGGCUUUCUACCUCCAAAAAGAAGACCGUGAAUAUGGCAUGGAGCGCAUCAAAGCUAUGGGUCGCAAACCACCAUCAAAGCUGACUCUGAAGGCCAUUAAGGAGAUAUACACUUCAUGGCAGCUUUGGGCUUUCAUACUUCCAUACCUCAUGGUGGCUGAAGCUGGGUCCGGUACCGGGUAUUUCAACCUCUUUCUUAAGUGGGAGGGUUAUAGCGUCGUCAAGACGAACAUCCUCCCGACGAUAGGAAACGCCAUACAGAUAGUCGCAGCGUUUGCUAUGGGCUGGCUUUCAGAUGCCACGGGUAGUCGAGUACUGACGGUGAUGUUCGUACAGGCAAUGGUGCUUGUGUCGAACAUCAUCCUGUCAAUAUGGAACGUUCCUAAGGCGGCCUUGUUUGCGGCCUUCUACUUGAGCUAUACCGGCGGUGCGGCUCAGCCAAUUGUCAUCAGCUAUGGGCACGAGAUCACGCAAUCCAAUGCAAAUCUCCGACAACUGCUGGUCGCUACGGGCAAUAUCUUUACCUACACCUUCAGUGCUUGGAUGCCCGUUGUGCUAUUUCCGACAUAUGACGCCCCCAAGUACAAGUAUGGUUACCAGAUACUAAUUCUCUUCGGCGGGCUGGCCGUUGCGGGCAUGUAUCUGCUUGACUUUCUGUACAAACGGGACUUGAGGAAGCGCAACCCACAGCUUUACGAGGUCGAGCAGCAAUCAGAUAACGAUCAUCUCACGUCAGAGAGACGUCGUGACGAUAGUUUGAGGCCCAGUCGCAAUGAUUUUGAGAGCCGAUACGGAACCGUCGGACACGUAGAGACAUCACUCCGGGCGACGUAA